CAGCGGCCACAACCACCUCUGAAUCAGAGUUCUCAUCGGUUCCACCAUCUCCUCUUGUAUCAGACAGGGAAGAAAUUUCAUUUGAGAUCUCAAAGGUUAAAACAGAGGAGACCAUUCUCCUUGAGCCUGUGCCCAGUGAGACAAUCACUGAGGAACUGCAUGGCGUGGAAGUUGAGCUAGAUAUCACAUCAAUUGAGUCCUCCAUUAGGAGUUCUCCUGAGCCUGAACAGCCAGUGGAAGAACCAGAGCAGCCAGUUGAAGAACCAGUCCUUGAGGCACCUGUGUUCACUGAGAAAUUGGUACAUAAGGAUGUCAUUGAGGGAUUCCCAGCUACUAUGGAAUGCUUUGUAAAAGGCACCCCUGAACCAGAGAUAACUUGGUACCAGGU